AUGGCUGACUUGGAAUUAUUAAAAUUUAAAAAUGAAACAAUAAUCAAUGAAACGGAUAUUAUAAAAUCAAAUGGAACCGAUGAAUCAUUAUUAAAUGUUAAUGGUAAUAAUAAAAAUAGUAAUAAUGGUACACAAUUUCCAGUACGAAGUUAUAAUAAAUGGUCACCUAGUGAACAAGGUGCAACAAUUGUAUGGCGUGAUUUAUGCGUUUAUUCAACUGGACAUAAUCAAUCGGAUUUACGUGAUUUAAAACGUAUAAUAAAUAAUUCUACAGGUGCAAUACAACCAGGUUCAUUAAUGGCCCUAAUGGGAUCAAGUGGAUCUGGAAAGACAACAUUAAUGUCAGCGUUAGCAUACAGACAACCUGGUGGCACAAUUGUUCAGGGACAUAUUCUUGUGAAUGGACGUAAAAUUGGACCAUUUAUGCAUCGUAUAAGCGGUUAUGUACAUCAGGAUGAUAUUUUUAUUGAACAACUUACAGUUUUAGAACAUUUAACAUUCAUGGCAAAUUUUCGACUUGAUCGUCGUAUUAGAGGACGUGAACGAAAAGAAAAAAUUUACAAAUUAUUACAAAAAACUGGUUUAUUAAGAUGUGCUAAUUCAAGAAUUGGUUCGGGUGAUGAAAGAAAAGUAUUAUCUGGUGGUGAAAAAAAAAGAUUAGCUUUUGCAAGUGAACUUUUACAUAAUCCAAUUAUAUUAUUCUGUGAUGAACCAACAACUGGUUUAGAUGCAUAUAGUGCACAACAAAUUGUAAAAACUCUCUAUGAAUUAGCAAAAAGUGGCACAACAAUAUUAUGCACAAUCCAUCAACCAUCAAGUCAACUUUUUUCAAUGUUUAAUAAUCUUUUAUUAUUAGCGGAUGGUCGUGUUGCUUUCACUGGUUCACCAGAACAAGCAUUACAAUUUUUUGCUGAUAACGGAUAUCAUUGUCCAAAAUCAUAUAAUUCAGCUGAUUUUCUUAUUGGUGUAUUAGCAACGGAUCCUGGGCAUGAAAGAGCAUCAGAAAGGGCAGCUCAAUAUUUAUGUGAUGUAUUUGCAGUUAGUCAAGCAGCAAAACAACGCGAUAUGCUAGUUAAUUUAGAAUUUCAUAUGGCCGAAUCAUCUGAUUAUCCAUAUGAAACGGAAAUAAUUGAUUUUCGUAAACCAUUUUGGAUAUUAACUUUCUAUAGGUUGUGGUAUAGAAAUAGUCUAAUAGUAAUUAGAGAUCCAACAGUACAAGUUUUAAGAGUUUUACAAAAAAUGGUUUUAGCUCUUGUAAUAGGUUUAUGUUUUGCCGGUACAACAAAUUUAACACAAGUUGGAAUACAAGCUGUACAAGGUGCUCUGUUUGUAAUGAUAUCAGAGAAUACAUUUAAUGCAAUGUAUUCAAUGUUGGAUUAUUUUCCACGUGGUUUUCCAUUAUUUUUGAGAGAAAAAAGUUCCGGUCUUUAUAGUACAGCACAAUAUUAUUUUUCAAAUGUACUUGCAAUGUUACCUGGACUAAUUAUUGAACCAUUUCUAUUUGUUAUAAUUUGUUAUUGGAUAAUUGGAUUAAAACCAACAUUUUUUGCAUUUGGUAUAACAACAAUAUGUGUUAUACUUGUUAUGAAUGUAUCAACUGCUUGUGGUAUAAUGUUUUCAACAGCAUUCAAUUCGGUUGCAAGAGCAAUAACUUUUUUAAUACCAAUUGAUUACAUUUUUAUGAUUACUUCUGGUAUAUUCAUCAAAAUAAGCACAAUCCCAGCAAUUUUCUAUUGGACACAAUAUCUAUCAUGGAUGUUAUAUGCGAAUGAAGUAAUGAGUAUAGUACAAUGGGUCGGAAUCGAAAAUAUUACAUGCUUUCAAGAUAACAAUGAUCUACCAUGUUUACAUUCUGGUCAAGAUGUUCUCGACAAAUACAGUUUUAAUGAAUUUCAUCUCUAUUGGAAUAUUUUUGCAAUGUUUAUGCUAUAUUUGGGUUUACAUACUUUAGGCUAUUUAUUUUUAUGGAGAAACUCUAGGAGAAUUUAA